GUGUUUGUAACCAAGUUAAUUUUCUGAAAUAAGUUCCUAUUUAAAGAUGGGAUAUUUUAACAUAGGGAUAGCUGUCUUCAUAUCAAUUAUUAGCUUAAAAUCAAUUGAUUGUUAUUUUUUAAAUAUUGAUGCUCACGCUGAAGAAUGCUUUUUCGACAAAGUAACAUCUGGGACAAAAAUGAGUUUAAUGUUCGAAGUUGCAGAAGGAGGUUUCCUCGAUAUAGAUGUUAAGAUAUAUGGACCAGAUGGGAAAGUCAUUCAUCAGGGAGACAGGGAAUCCAAUGGAAAAUACACAUUUGCAGCCCACAUGGAUGGUGUAUACAGAUACUGUUUUAAUAACAAAAUGUCCACCGUGACCCCAAAGAUUCUCAUGUUUACAAUGGACAUUGGAGAGAAACCUAAAGAGACAGAUAUGGACGGUGAUGCUAAUCAUAACAAACUGACAGAAAUGAUAAAUGAAUUGUCUACAGCACUCACAGGUGUGAAACAUGAACAAGAGUACAUGGAAGUCAGGGAGAGGAUCCAUAGAGCAAUCAAUGAAAACACAAAUUCCCGGGUUGUUUUGUGGUCUUUCUUUGAAGCCCUUGUGCUGGUGGCCAUGACAUUGGGACAGGUCUACUAUUUAAAGAGAUUCUUUGAAGUUAGAAGAGUAGUUUAGUCAUAAUAAACUGUAGACAAUUCUUCAAAUUAGUUCAACCAUUGUCCAUUUGAAAUAGAAUGUAUUAAAUAAAGGGUUUGGUACAAUUGUUUUGGCAAGAGCCUUGAUGUAGUUUUAAUGUAAUUUUUUUUUUCAUUACUGACAAUAAAAUAUUUCUUGAAUUGAGACAAAAGAAUAUAUAUAUUAAUAAGGUUCAUCCUCCCUCUAUUCACUUAUAUCUAAUGUCUAAUUAAAAUGUAACAAUUUUAGCAUACAUUGUGGGGCAAAAUUUGAAAGAAAUGAAAUGUUUAACUUGAUAAUUUUAUAAAGGGAAUAUAGUCAUUUAUCCUAGUGAGAGUUAUCUCUCUUAUCAAAGGGUCAAUGAACCUUAAAAACAGUCUUUAAGUUUAAGGGUCAGUACAUGUACUAAAGUGUCUAAAAUAGCUUUAGUGUAAAUAAUCAUUUUGAGGAUCAUUCAGUUACAUUCUUUACUUGCUGUAUAUGUGUAUAUGUUAAUGAAUGAUUGGUUAUAGUGCUGAAAUUGAUAAUCUGUUUGAUGAGUAAGUGUCAUGGUAUUAAUUAAAGAAUGUAGCUCAACAGUUGUUUAAUGUAUUACAAAGGCUAAUCAUCAAUUUUAGCAAAACACAAUAUGUUUUGGUUCCAUUACUAUUUUGAUCAAGAAAUUAUUUAUACAAUUUUACUAGUUAGUAAAAUUGUCAUUUUGAGAUGUUAACUAUGUUGUGUAUAAAAAAAUGUGUGAGAGUUGUUACAUGAACAGUGUAAAAUAAUGUGUAUGUUCAUACCAGUUGUGCACCAGUACCAUCUAUAUUUUGUAUUUCCUUUUAUUAUAGGUGAUAGAAGUUUUUUUCUUUUAUUUAUUUGUGUUGUCAGAGAAAAAUCUAUUUCAUGCUGCAUCAGAAUUAAGUUGUAGUUUCAGGUUAUACAUACAUUAAGUCUAGUAAAUGGUGAUAAAAUUAGCCAGAACAGAUUGUAAAAACUAUAAUAUAAAAAUUAUCUAUGGUCUCAUUUUGUAGAAAUUAUAGCAUAUAAUAGUGGAAACUGAAAAAAAUUCAGAUAUUGAAGUUCAUAUAUUUUACUGAUAAAAGUUGCAUUGUUUUAUGAUUCAUUCUAAAUAUUUAACUGUAAAUGGGAUGUAAUGUUUGUUAUAUUGAUUCAGUUUGUUUGAAUUUGCAGUAUGAUUUUGGAUGAUGUGUCUUUUGGUUGCAUUCCUUUGUACCAAUAAAACUUCCAUAAAGAAGAAAUAACAAUUUGCUUUAUUUAUUAGUCUCCUACAAUGAUAAAGAUUUAUCUCAAUUUUUGUCUGUCCAUUAGCUGCAAUAAUGUAAUUCUCUCCAUUUUUUAUUUUUGUUUUGUUUGUUUUGUUUUGUUUUCUCUUGAAACAUAUCUCUGUUAAGUGUAUAUAGGUAUAUACAGGGAAUCUGUUCAGAUUUCUGACUUAGUCAAACAUUAAUAUUCCCUUGGGGUUUGAAUCAACCAAUAAAAAUUUUGUGAAAAUAUCAAAUUAAAAAUAUUGGAGAGGGCUACAGUAUUGCAGCCAUGUUACUCGUUUUACAGUUGUCUUGGGGUUACUUAACAGUUUAAGCUUUGUGUAAUUAAAAUUGUUUGUUACAAUUUUGUUAAAUAGAGUUGCAUAUUAUUUUA